AUGGCGUCUGAGAGCCAGGUUACGGACGCGGGUGCCCAUGUGCAUCUGCCGCCGUCCCUGUGUGAAGCUCUGGUGGCGGCAUUCCCCAAGACAUCUUCGCAGACUGCGCCUGACUUCGCCGCUAUGAUCAGCGACUUGCUCGCCUACGCACCGGCGAGAACAAGCACUCCAGCCACAGCGAGUGCGAAGAUUUGCCGAAGCAGAGCUACUCCAGAGCUCCAUGGUGGCCCUGAAGGAGCUUACCAGCGAGAUGCCUCAACUGGCCGCUGGAGAUCCCAAGACCGCUCGCAGCCGCCGCAGCCGCGAACGAAGCCCUGUGCUUCCCCAAAGUCUCCAGAAGAGCUGGCGCCGGCGCCAGAAGCUGAAGAGCCGGAAGAGCCGGUGCGACCUCAGAAGGCAGCCGAAGCCGCCCUGAGCCGGGCGAAGGCAGAGACGGUGAAGCUUUGGGAGGCCGCCAGGAAGACUUUGGGAGAUCGCUGUCGGAGCUUCAAGCAGCAGGAUGCCAUGCAGCGGACGAUGGCAGAAGUCGAGCUUGAGAAGUCCAUGCUCGCAGCGUCGUGGAAGUUAUUCCGGGACUCUCUAGACAAGAAGGAGCUUGGAGAGAUCACUCGCAUGGCCGCAGGCUGUGAGGGUGGUCGAGCUUUGUCUGUUGGUGUGGCCCGUCACCUCUUCGAGAAUGUUGGUUCAUCCGGCCGAAGCAGCUGCAGGGGUGGUAAGCCAAGGGCCAAGCCCAAGCGGUCUUCUGCCGCUUUGCCUCCUCGACCCACGACCGAGCAUGAGGGUGCAGAAAGGACGCAAGAAAAGAAACCGGAGAAGAUGAGCGCACGGCCUGAGUCUCCUUCAGUUCGCCAUCGAAUUGGUGCCUGGGAGAUUUCGCAAGCUGCCCCUUUUGGUGGGGCAUAG